GUAAAUGCAAGUAAAGUACCUUGUCAAACUUCUAGACACUUUUUUUGUUUAAACAAAUUUGUAUUGUUUAUUGUAUUGUACAAUUUGUUCAACUUACAAGUUUGUAAAAUUUACAAGCAAAUGCUUGAAGUUUGUGUAGAUUCUAUAGCCUCAGCAAUAGCUGCUGCUGAAGGUGGAGCCUCUCGUCUAGAACUAUGCUCAGCAUUAAGCGAAGGAGGCCUCACACCAACAGUGGGCACUUUAAAAGCUUUAAAGUCUCUCCCAAUAAACAUUCCAAUAUUUUGUAUGCUCCGUCCUCGAAGAGGCAAUGAUUUCAUGUAUUCCAAUGCAGAAAUGGAUGCUCUUCUGUAUGAUGUGGCUCUAUUCAAGUCUCAUGGCUGUGAUGGUUUUGUCUUCGGUGCACUAGAUGAACGCAGAUGCAUUUCUGAGUGGCAAUGUAAGCAGGUUGUGCAGAUGGCCGGAAAACUGCCGGUCACUUUUCAUAGGGCUUUUGAUCUUACUGCGCCUUGUCAAAUGCAUGAAACUGUUAAUCAAAUCAAAAAUCUGGGUUUCACAAGAAUACUUACGAGUGGGUUUAAACAUUCAUGUGUUCAGGGAAUCUAUAACAUACGUGACCUCGUAAAUCAACAUGACGAUAUUAUUAUAAUGCCUGGAGCUGGAAUAUCGUCAAAUAAUCUAAAUGAGGUCCUCGUUGAAACUAAAUGCAAAGAAUUUCAUGCUUCUGCUAGGAAAAAAGUCGAUCCACCAAUUAUAACUACAACAAAUAUAUCGAUGGGUGGUGGAGAAGCUGAUUUAGAACCAUUGUUUGUAACAGAUGAAGAGAUGGUCAGAGAAUUAGUUGCCAUUGCAAAACACAAUAAAAUUGUUUGAACAAAAUAAAUUUAAAUAAUCUAAGGACAACAACUAUUAAUUGAGUGAAAGUUUUAUUAUUAAUAUUAUGCUCUUUUUCUCGCAUUAUUUAAUGUAAAAUUUUUAAAACCUUAACGAAUAGGAAUAAAAUGCUAUCUUAAUUAAAAU